ACAGACACAGACACACACACACUCACACCAGCACCUGUAGCUACAGUUUUUAUUUUUCCCAUGCUUUUUAAAUAUAUAUAUAGUUGUAAGCUUUUUGUAUAUAGUGGUUUGCCAGCGAGUUAUAAAUAAAUAAUAGGCGUCUUUUUUUAUUAUAAUAAACACACACACCAUGUGGACGGAAAGCGGAUCAGCAGCAGAAGCCGGAUUCCCAAACAGCCUUGGAUUAUUUCAUUUAGCUGUUUGUAUUUCGUCUUAAAUUAUUGACAGAUUAUACAGCAGGUUUUUGUUCCAGACAGAGAUGAGGGUGACACAUGAAGCGGUGGGCAGGCGUUAUAACGGGAAAUAGCGCAUCCGCCAUUUAUUUACAGCUCUAGGACCAGUUUGUGUGCGGGAAUCCUUACUGUGAAGUUAAACAGCCCAUAAACAGUCCAUCAAAGGCCUAUAAAGAGAUCCAGGUGUGUUAGAAAGCAUGGCAGGUGCACCAGAGGUGGAACCCAUGCCGGGAUACUUGCAGCUCUUCUCCACAGCUUGCAGCACUUUCCUGGACGCCUACAGAGACUGUAAAGACUGUGGCGUGAAGCUGUCUAUGCAAACCCUGCUGGACCAUGCAUUCAUCAUGCCUACAGAGAUUGUGCUCUUCUUCCUCUGCGUGGUGAUGUGGACGAGUCUGAGAUGGGGACUGACUUCUUACCUGUUUGUGCCGUUUGCCCAGUGGUGUCGCCUCCAUUCCAAAGAUGUGGCAAAGAUGCCAGAAAGUGCUUGGAAGCUGGUCUUCUACACAAUGUCCUGGUCCUACAGCACCUACCUGCUCUUCUUCUGUGACUACGGCUUCUUUCAAAACCCGUCUUCCGUCUUUUACAACUGGAAGAGCGGAAUGCAGGUGCCCACGAAUAUUGCCAUAUAUUACUUGAUCCAGGGGAGCUUCUGGCACUCUAUCUACGCCACGAUGUACAUGGAUGCUUGGAGGAAAGACUCUGGCGUCAUGCUGCUGCAUCACUUCAUCACGCUGGCACUGAUUACCUUCUCCUACGCCUUCAGGUAUCACAAUAUCGGGCUCGUCGUGCUCUUCCUCCAUGACCUCGAUGAUGUUCUGCUGGAGUUCACGAAACUCAACGUCUACUUCAAGAUCCGCGGAGGAAAAAUCUACAUGAUAAACGACCACCUGUCCAGCGUUGGCUUUUUGGCCUUUGGCAUCACAUGGUUCAUCUUCCGUCUGUACUGGUUCCCCCUAAAAGUGUUGUAUGCCUCCUACAUCACCAGCCUGAAGUCUGUACCGAACAUCCCUUUCUACUUUUUCUUCAACACUCUGCUGUUUGCAUUGCUGCUCAUGAACAUCUAUUGGUUCCUGUUCAUCGUACAGAUGGUGAUGAAGGUUCUGACCGGGCAGAUGACUGGGAUUAACGACGUACGUGAGUAUGAGGAAAACGAGGUUCAGGAAUCAGCCGAGGAUGAGAAGCAUGAGUCAGGAAAUGGACGUGCUGCAGAAGGGAACCACAUACAGAAUGGUGUCAGCAAAAAGCACCAAUAACAGUGUCAAUACUGUCACCUACUGGCCUUCUAGAGCAACUGCAAAGAACAAAAGACGUUUGGCGAUGGCACUCCGUCCUUUAUACAGGAACAAACAUUGGUGAUCGUUUUAGACUGUAAUUUUUCUUCUGUCCUUAUUUUAAUUUAACUGUAAAUAUACUUUAAGGAGAUUUGCUUUUAAUUGUUGCAGAAACGGGUAGACGUGAAGGUUAAAAAUAUUAUGUUGUGUGCAUGGAGGCUGUUAAUACUUGUACAAUAUGCUGUUUAAGCCGAGAUCUUCAACCUUUGAUUAUUCGUUUAGCUCUGUUAUUCUUCUGAGGGUACAUCCAUGAGAUUUACACAGUAUUUCCUCUUUCUCGAGGUUGCUAACAUGUUGAACUUAAUGGACUCCACCAAGUAGUUUAACAUACCACUUUUUGAUGUGCAACUCAGGAGCUUUUUGACUGUUUGUGACCCAGAUUCAUGCUUUAUUUAUAUCAGCUGGCUUUCUAGCAAUUUCCACAACUUACCCAGGAACUGAAUUAUGUAGGCUUGAAAUUAAGUUUUUAUAUUUUACAAUGCCUUGCAAUGAAGUAUAUGUAAUACCUCAUUUACUUUCAUUAAAGGCAUGUUUAUAUGCUGUAAAAUGUAGAUGCAGUCUAGAGAGGGCAAUGAAUAUUUUAGAUACAUCAUAAAAACCAUAUGGGAUUUAGUUUCUUCUUUCUUUACAUAUUAAACCUUAAUAAGAAACGUGUUCGAGCUCAGAAGAGCCCAGAUCUGUUGUUCUCCUGCCUGUCAUUUUAUUUGCACAUGCAUGUUGACAAGCACAGUAAAUAGGUUAUAGAGAGCCAUGUGAGCAUUAUGGGAGUUGAGAGAGAAACCCUAGAACAUUGUAAGGUUAAUGAACAGAUUAUUAUUUGUCUGCUGAGCUUCAUAUAAAUGUAAACGAUUUUUGUCUGCGAGA